UUAAAAAACGAAAAGCAGUAGAUAAUGAUAAAAUAUAUGAUGAAGUUUCCACAUAUACACAUGGCCUUCUAGAAGGCAUACACAAAUUAGCUUGACAUGGCAGGAUCCAUGGGCUCACACAUGGCCUUAAUUACAAACCUUCAACACGCGAGGGUUUUAUCAUCUUCUUCUAUGCUAAGAACACUGGUGGUGCGCACAAGUGCCAGGCUUUUUCACGUCAAAUUAUUUAUACGCAGUAACCGCGCGUUGAAUUUGAAGUCCUUGCGGGCAAAUUUAGCGGCACCUGGGGUCAAAUUUCGAGGAUUUUCAACUGGUAGAGUAUUGGCCAUGGCGGAACGAGUAGCGGAGCAGAGCGGGCCGAAGAAAUAUACAAACAGGCUCGCCAGAGAACAAAGCCCUUAUUUACUUCAGCACGCCCAUAAUCCGGUUGAUUGGUAUCCAUGGGGAGACGAGGCCUUUACAAAAGCUCAAAAUGAAGAUAAGCCUAUAUUUCUAUCAAUUGGAUACAGCACCUGCCACUGGUGUCAUGUUAUGGAGGUGGAGUCGUUUGAAAAUGAAGAGGUGGCAACGUUAUUGAAUGACUGGUUUGUGAGCAUCAAGGUUGAUAGAGAGGAGCGGCCAGAUGUGGAUAAGGUGUAUAUGACAUAUGUACAGAUGGUUUAUGGAGGUGGUGGGUGGCCUCUAAGUGUGUUUAUCACCCCUGAUUUGAAGCCAAUGAUGGGGGGAACAUAUUUUCCUCCUGAUGAUAAAUAUGGCAGACCAGGUUUCAAGACAGUCUUGAGGCGAGUUAAAGAAGCUUGGGAUUCCAAAAAAAGUUUGCUUCAUGAUAGUGGGGACAGUGCUAUUCGACAACUUGCAGAAGCAUUAUCUACUUCAGCAGUUUCACAAGAAUUAACAGAGGGGUUAUCUCAACAAGCCGUUCAAUUUUGUGCUAACCAGCUUGGAAAAAGUUAUGACUCAAAAUAUGGAGGGUUUGGAUCUGCACCCAAAUUUCCUAGACCAGUAGAAAUACAGUUGAUGCUACAGAGAUAUAAGAGAUUGGAUCAAGCUGGAAAAGAGGCCCAAGCCAGCAAGGCCUUGGAGAUGGCUUUGUUCAGUCUACGUUGCAUGGCUAGAGGAGGGGUUCAUGAUCACAUAGGAGGGGGAUUUCAUAGAUACAGUGUGGAUGAACACUGGCAUGUUCCUCAUUUUGAGAAAAUGCUGUAUGAUCAAGGACAACUUGUGAAUGUGUAUUUGGAUACAUUUGCUAUCUGGAAGGAUACCCUUUAUUCCUCUGUUUGUCGGGACAUACUGGAUUAUUUGAGGAGGGAUAUGAUAAACCAUGAAGGUGGAAUAUAUUCCGCAGAGGAUGCUGAUAGUGCAGAGUUUGAAGGAGCAACAAGGAAAAAAGAAGGUGCUUUUUAUGUUUGGACCAGUGAAGAGAUAGAAGAGGUUCUUGGCAAGGAGGCUGCAGAGGUUUUUAUGAAACACUAUUAUGUAAAACCUACAGGGAAUUGUGACCUUUCUAGAAUGAGUGAUCCUCACAAUGAAUUCAAUGGGAAGAAUGUGCUGAUUGAGCGUGAAGGGAUCCCAGAAAUGGCAUCAAAAUUAGGCAUGGAUGUAGAUGAAUAUGCUCAGAUUCUUGGGACAUGUAAGGAAAAACUCUUUUUAAGGAGGUCCUCUCGCCCUCGUCCUCACCUAGAUGAUAAGGUCAUCGUUGCGUGGAAUGGGCUUGCUAUUUCAGCUUUUGCACGGGCUUCGAAGAUCCUGAAAGCUGAGCCAAAAGAGAUGAAAUAUUAUUUUCCUGUUACUGGGUGUGAUUCCACAGAUUAUCUACUUGUUGCAGAGAGGGCAGCAGAAUUUAUCAGUACCAAACUAUAUGAUGAGGGCACACAUAGGCUUACACAUAGCUUCAGACAAGGACCAUCUCAGGCACCUGGUUUCCUAGAUGAUUAUGCUUUUCUAAUAGCUGGUCUUCUUGAUUUGUAUGAGGCAGGAGGAAGAACAAAAUGGUUGUCAUGGGCAAUGGAGCUGCAAAAAACUCAGGAUGAUUUGUUUCUUGACAAGGUUGGUGGAGCUUACUUUAAUACUCCUGGAGAGGAUCCUUCAAUUCUGUUAAGGUUGAAGGAAGAUUAUGAUGGAGCCGAGCCUUCUGGGAAUUCAGUUUCUGCUAUCAACCUGUUACGUUUAUCAUCUAUGGUUUCGGGUGAUUUGUCUGAAUCAUACUCUCACACUGCCGAGCAUCUUUUGGCUGUAUUUGAAACACGAAUAAAAGAACAAGCCAUGGCAGUUCCCUUGAUGUGCUGCGCAGCAGAUUUGUUAGCUGCUCCCUGCCGGCAGCAAGUAGUGAUUGUUGGCCCCAAAUCAACUCCAAACUUUGAAUCUCUUGUGGUGGCAUGCCAUGCACUCUACGACCCAGACAAAACAAUCAUUCAAAUUGAUCCAAGAAAUAAGGAGGACAGUGAAUUCUGGCAAGCCCAUAAUCCAAUGGUUUAUUCAAUUGCACAGAAGAAUCCCGAGGACAAGGCAAUGGCUUAUCUUUGCCAAAACUUUAUGUGCAACCCUCCAGUAAGUGACCCUCUUACUCUUCAGCAGUUGCUUCGUCAACCACCGAAGCCUUCAAUAUACAAAAUGGGAGCUACCAGUAAGCCAUGACUUGUUCUUGUUUUUUGCUUUGUAUUCUAAAUUACUUUGUAAAUGGGGACUGCCUAGUUACAGUGUACGACUAGCUCUCAUGCAUGAAGAAUGCAUUAUUUCUAUUAGUUGAAUGUAUGGUAACUGGAAGUUCAAACAGUUGGGGGAUUUAUGGACAUUGCUGACUACUUCAAUAGCAAUCUGAAUAAAAUGAUUUUAGUUCCUGCCCUCACAAUAAAUUAUAGAUUUCUAGCUUAACUAAUUUGAACAAUAUUUGGUAGUUCUCAAAUAUUCAUUCUAAAUUUACCAUAUUUAUGAA